UACUGGUCUUACACACUGCGAUCGAUUUCUUUCGCAAGUGGACCUUAUCACAACUCUAAUCCAAUCCGAUGUUUGGCUCUGAUACCUACGGAUGAUCUAGACGAGCACACGUUGAGAAAAUUACGUGAUCUUCUCACUGAAAAGGAACAAUGGACAUUAGCAUUGGAUGUUAGUACAAAAGCGGGACUAGACACACAGGGGGUAUGGGCCGCGUGGGGUAAAGCUUGUUUGAAGAUAGGUUAUUUAGAUCAGGCGAGAGAGAAAUUUCAUCAUUGCCUCGACAAAAUCGUAUACGAGGAUUUUGACGAUUGGGUCGUGCUAUCUUAUUCCAAAGAAUUCGAAAAACACAGAAGAGAAUCAACGGAAAGCAACACAACUGUGGUGAAGAACAAUAAAAUUUUGGAUGAGAAAAAAAAAAGAGGUUUACUACAAGAAAGUUUAUAUUAUCUAUUGACAUAUGGAAGCUACAGUUCCAUCUUACAAUUCUUUUUGAAGCAUAAAGAAUUUGAUAAAUGCCUGGUAUAUAUUUUGGAAAACGAUAUAGAAUGUGAUUUAUUUCUUAAUGGAGUUUAUUUAUAUUGUUUGAAGAAUGGCGACACUGAUAAACUUCAUGAUGCAAUGAAGGCAAAAGAUUCCACCCUAUUCAUUUGGAAAAAGUAUUUAAUAUUUGUCUGCCAUUUCAUGGAGAGAAAACAAUAUUGGAAUAUUUUAUAUCAGAUACAGCUCUUUAUGAAAGACUGUAUAAGAGCGUCCAUGACAUGCAUUCAUUUUUAUACCAGCGAUAAUUCCUAUCUAGAUUUGCAUAACAGGGCACACUUUUUGCAAGAUGCGCAAAAACAUUUAGAAUCAGAAUUGCAAAUCGAAAGCUUAAGUAAAAAAAGAAAGGGCACGAAUUUUGCUCAUAGCAGUCAAAGUAUUCUAACAAUGGAGAUGGAACCAUCGGAAAUAGAUAGACAUAUAAACACUAUAUGCAGACAGAUGGAAAUCACAAAAUUUUUAGCAAAUUGUGAAAGAGAAAACAGAGCACCGACGGAAUUUUUAAACCUCUUCCCGAACAUUGAUAGCGACGAAUCUCAAACAUUUGAAUUGCCUACGUUGUUUGGCAAUCAGCAACAGAAAAUCCAUUUGGCUGUUCUAGCUAUAUUAUGUCGUGAUAUCGAAGAAGGAUUCGGUAUAGCCUUUAGGAUAAUACAAGAUUAUAAUCUGCCACAACAGAAAAUAUAUUCUUUAGCUGGCCAUGUAUUGACCCUAAAAAAUGACAUAACCGCGAUCGAGCAAUUGAUCAAAUGCUGUCGCAGCUCUGGAACACCUAAUGCACAUGUAAUUUCUGAUCAUGUUUUGACACAUUGUAUGAAAUUACUAUCGAAUCGUUUAUACAGUGAACAGAAUCCGGUUCUUAAAAAUCAUAUAGAUACUUUAAUCAAGUUAAUAAUUGACGUAAAACUUAGGAUAAAUGCAUACAUUGAAAGCAAGCAAUUAAAGGCUGCAUAUCUUCUUGCUGUUAAACAUUCUAGAACACAAGAUAUAAAAAGAAUUUUAAAAGAAUCAGAUAGACUUGGUCAAAAUGCAAUUAAAACAAUAUGCCUUAAAUGGCUACAACAAGAACCAAAGAAAUAAGUUUGCAGAUUUAUAUUUUGAAAAAGAAUUGAGAACGCGAGAUAAUAUAAUUUCAAGACUGAAAUAAUGCUAAAUUAUCUUUAAGAUAUUUUAU